GAGAGGGAGAGCGAGAACGCGCGGGGCCCCGGUUACGAUUAGUCCCCCCGUCUCCCGGGAGAGAGGCGAGGACGGGCGGCGCCGCGGGGCGGGACGGCACAUGGGAGUGCGGAGCUCGCCGCCGAAGGUGGGAAUGGCCGGCGGUUGGAGGAGAGAAGUGAACGCUCUCCGGCAGCCAUGUUGACCGGGAAAGCGGCGGCGGCGGCGGCAGCGGCGGCGCCGGGACAGAUCACCACAGCCCGAUUUGGUGAUGUCUUGUAUGAUUCUUAUAUGCGUUUGGGCCAUGCUGAGAACCAAGCCUCUGGUGUGGACAAAAAGGGCUCUUUGGGAUUGCCACUCCUCAGUGGUUUAAAGGCAGGCAAGACCACAAUGAAGGACCAUGUGGGAUCUCGAGAUCAGGUGAAAGUCCAACAUCUGUUUGAGGAUGUUGGAAACCGGCGAAUAAACACUGUUUCCAGUACAUCUUCUUGUAAAGCCGGUAAAGGAAAGAGUCCCGAAUGUAUAGUUAGUGCUAAAGAAGAAACUGGGCCGAAAGGAAGAAUGCCUGCAGCACCUUCCAUAGCCAUGAAAAAGCACAUGCACCAGUUGACAUCCUUUGAGCAUCAGGAGAUCUUCAAUUAUCCUGAUAUUUACUUUUUGGGUUUAAAUGCAAAGAAGAGGCAUGGUAUAUUGAGUGGAUCAAACAAUAAUGGUUUUGAUGAUGAUCAAGCAUGCUACAUACUUGUUCCUCAUGACCAUAUAGCAUAUAGGUACGAGAUACUUAAAAUUAUUGGGAAGGGAAGCUUUGGCCAAGUAGCCAAAGUGUAUGACCACAAAAUGCGCCAGCAUCUAGCGUUGAAAAUUGUGCGGAAUGAGAAACGGUUCCAUAGGCAGGCUGCUGAGGAGAUCCGAAUCCUGGAACACUUGAAGAAACAGGACAAAAACGGUCAGAUGAACCUUAUCCAUAUGCUGGAAAACUUCACAUUCCGCAAUCACAUUUGCAUCACUUUUGAACUGCUGAGCAUGAACCUCUACGAACUCAUCAAGAGAAACAAGUUCCAGGGGUUCAGCCUUCAGCUGUUGCGGAAGUUUGCCCACUCCAUCUUACAGUGCCUGGAAGCGUUGCAAAAGAAUCGCAUCAUACAUUGCGAUUUGAAGCCAGAAAACAUCUUACUGAAGCAGCAAGGCCGUAGUGGCAUCAAAGUAAUCGAUUUUGGCUCCAGCUGUUAUGAGCAUCAACGUAUCUACACGUAUAUUCAGUCACGGUUUUAUCGAGCUCCUGAGAUUAUUCUUGGCACUCGUUAUGGGUUACCCAUUGACAUGUGGAGCUUUGGGUGCAUCCUUGCUGAACUGUACACUGGGUACCCUCUUUUCCCAGGGGAAGAUGAAGCUGAUCAAUUGGCCUGCAUUACGGAACUUUUGGGGCUGCCGCCUCAAAGGCUGCUGGAUCUGUCCAAGAGAGCCAAGAACUUUUACAACUCCAAGAAUCAGCCUCGCUAUUGCAGCGUUACUACCCUUUCUGAUGGUUCAAGUGUUCUUAGUGCCGGUCACUCUAAGAAAGGUAAAUUGCGAGGAACACCAGCCAGCAGAGAAUGGAUGACAGCCCUGAAGGGGUGCGACGACCCGUUUUUCAUCGACUUCCUAAAGAAAUGUCUGGAGUGGGAACCAAGUAAUCGCAUGACACCUUUUCAGGCCUCAAGACACUCAUGGCUACUUAGACGCUUCCCCAAACCAACACCCAGCUUGGAGAAGACCAUUCUUCCCAAACGUGCAUCAGAAGCGCAUAAUUCCUUGCCAGAAAUAAUUUCCAAGUUACCCCCAAGUAUUGGAGCAGCCAACAAAUUAAGGACCAAUUUGGUGCAAAUGGCUGACUCAAAUACAAAUAUACCUCUACGUACUGUGCUUCCAAAACUAGUUAGCUAAGGUUAUAGUGUGCUGUAAAUGAAACCUAAGAAGAUGUGUCAAAUGAAAAAAAUCACUCCAGUCUUUCAUAUGUAGAUUUUUUUGCUAGUAAAAUGUUCCACCUUUA